CCCACUUCCAUAUUUUGCGCACUUCCUACAAUCCUGCCCUGCAUCUUCACAAAAUAAUCCUCUACCAAAAGGCAAUCCAUCACAAUGCUGCGAAAGAAAGAAGUCUACACCAACACCAUCUCCCUCCCCACUUACAUCCCCCGUCAACUAGCUAUCGACAUUCUCCACAACCACGGCGAGAUCAUCUCCCUCAACCCCCUCGUCAUAUCCCACCACCCCAUCAAAGCACCGCGCAACGCCCCAGCAGACGAGUACUACUCAACAUGGUACGAGAUCACCGAACGAGUGCGCUACGUCCCGGGCACGAUCAGCUUUAAAGGCUGCUUCCACGACGAGCCAUGGGGGCUUAAAACCCACACCUACGCGCCCAUGGGCGUUGAUCUGCGCAACACAUAUCGCAUUUUAGAGAACCCAAUCAACGACCCGUCGCCUGCCUUUACAGUUACACAAUCCGCGGGGAAUAACAAUGGAGGACUGUGUCUGCGCGAAGACGUCGAGAUCGAAUGCAACAUAACACUGAUAUCGUUCGUGAAGAGCCAGCUGCGCGCUGCAUCCAAGAUAUUAGUGGAUCGCCUGAUCAAGAAAGCCGAACUUCUCGACGCAGGUGUCUUGCAUGGUAUCAUGGAAGACGGGGUGCUCAGGACGUAUAACCCAGCGGACCGAACACAUACUGCCGUUAUGAUGCAGCCGGAUGAACGGUCCCGACGAUCAUCAUACCAGGUGCCCAUGUCCCCGAGUGAGUAUUCACGGUCGGAGUCAAUGACUUCGCAGACGCCCUAUGCCUUUGCGCAGCAGUAUCGGCAGCAGGGUCGUAAGCAAGAAUUUACGGCGGAAUUACCGGCUGAUACGUACUAUCCCAUGCCGGGGCCAGGGAAAUAUAAAGUACCACCAGAUGGAGGAUACCCGGCUGAACUGCCAGCAAUGAACGAGAGGCCUGGAGGGUAGUGUCCUUCGAUGUAAUCUUAUGGAGACACCCGCGUCUCGUGAUUGAUUGGGCAACUUGGAAGUUUUCUGGAUGAAAUUUUCAGCAUAUUCUAGGUACAAUGAUACCCACUGUCCUUCAAGCAGCUUUGCAGCGACACAUCUCUUGUGUGUGUGAAAUUUACAUACAGUCCUCCAGAACCAACUGCUGGCAUACCAUGCAUUCGCCCCGAC